AACCGGGUCAACUGACCCGAUAUUAAAAAAAAAAUCGUGGAACCCUAACCCAGCUUCUCUCUCGCGUUUCUCUCCCAUCUUCUCUCUCCUUCUUUUCCUCAGGCUCCAGCCACCAAUGUCGCUCCUAGCUCCGGUCGUGGGUCGCCGCGCGCCACUCUACCCUCCAGCUUUGGAGCCGCGCCCCCUCCAACUGUCGCCGCCGCACCGCAUCAACGGUUGUCAAAUUUAAGCGAGAGAUGGUGAAGGCGCCGACCUUCACCGAUUGAGGGCGGGGGCGGCGUUGUGGUUGCAAAUUGAGAUCUCGCUUGUGUGUUAGUGAACGAGUUCAGGGAGAUAAAGGCGAAGGGGCGAAGACAUCGAGGGAGGCGAUGACACCGGGAAUCGAAGGUGGGCAGCGGCGCCGCCCUCUAAUUUUCAUCCUUCUCUCUUCUCACGACGAACGGGAGAGAUCUGAGCCGAGGCCUGAGAGAAAAUCACGGUCGCCGCCAGAGUCAUAGUCUGGUAUUGAGGCAGCGGCGGCGGCGCAGCACGUGCAGUGCACUUUGCUCUUCUGCCCAACUUAUGUUUCUAUGUGUAUGUUGAAGUAUCAUUUGACACUUGACACUUUCAUAAAUAACACUAUCAUUUAGAGAUUUGGUGGAGAAUGGGAAUUUGGGGUUUGAUUGGAGGAGAGAGGUGAGGAUGUUUUAGUUUGAAAUGUUGAACCUCUGUUCAUGGGGAAUUGCUAGUUCAUGGAGCUGGUGGCGGGCUGGACCUUCUGGGCGAAGGGCCGGUGGAGAUAGGGCUGCGGCUGGGUGGCGUCCAAGGCGCUGGAUCUCGAGCCGAAGAAAUCGAGCCUGCUCCUCGGGAAAGAGGGGCUUGAUAGGCGGUGCGAGGAUUAUGUGUGCAGAUUGCGGAAGCUCUGAGAAUGCAGAUGGAGGUGCAGAGGAAGCUGGAGCAGAAAAUGGAGGUGCAGAGACAUUUGCAGCUGAGAAUCGAAGCUCAAGGAAGGUACCUGCAGUCGGUGCUCAACAAGGCCAAGGAGACUCAACAUCACCUGCUCCACUCCGCCUCGGACCACAGCUCUCUCAGUAAAGCAAAGCAAAAAGGUGAUUUAAAUAUUGACACUUUCAAUAUAUGUAAAUGGUACUAGGUGCAUUAGCAAAUGAUAUUAUUCGUAAAUGUUUUGUUUUCUUAUGUGCUUUAUUUGGUUUUAGACAGUGAAAUGAAUUAUGCCGGAAAUAGGAGGAUAUUUAGCAAGGAAGACAAGGGGAUUGUGUGUGCAAUUUAGUUAUUGAAUCUUGUAGUUUCAUUAUAUAAAUGAUAUAGUUUCAUUCCAA